AUGCAGGACACUUCCGAGGACUGGAAUGAGAACGAAUAUCCACGACUGAAAGAGAAUUCUAUGCCAGAAGAGAAGAAUAUCUGGCUGAAAUGCGAAGAGCUAGAGAGGGAGAACGAUGAAUUGAAAGUUGAGCUCAAGCGAGCGUAUGAGACAAUAACGCGCAUGGAAAACGACGUGCAGAAUAGAAAUCCAAAGAGAGAGAUGCAACUAGAAGAAGAGUUGGCAAGGCUACAAAAUCAGUAUGAAAAGGAACAAGAAGAAAUGAAAGAGUUUGAGCAGAUGGUAGAGAUGUUUGAAAACAAGAUGGCUGCGUUGAAGUCAGAAAACACCGAGCUUCACGAAAAGCUUCAAGCGAUGCUCUUUUCUAUGAAGUUUGUCUUUGAUGAAUGGAAGGGAAAUCUGUGUGUGAAUGCACGGGGUGAAGCAUAUCAAGUCUUGAAGCGACAGAUCGAGCAUGAGAGAACCAAGGUGAUUUCUCUUGAAGAAGACCUCCACAAGCAGCACGAGCAUUUUCAAAACAUGCUUGAAAGCGAGAAGUCUCAAGCUGCUCAUCUAGCUCAAAGGCUACUCGAGGCUGAAUCUGAGAGAGAACUGAGGAGGCGAGAACAAGAGAGGUUGGAGCGCAAGAUGAUCCAAUUGCAACAGGAAUUGCAGGUCACAAGAUAUCAAGACAAAGAUGAUUCUCAAGAUAGUAACACACAUCAGACCUCUGAGCUCCACAAUCAAGUUUUUGCGCUUGAGUCUGUAGUCAAGUAUCAUGAUCACCUGUCCAACUUGAAAUGUUUGAACUCAUGGAAAUUCAAAACUCUGUUGCAAAAUUUGUUGCAAGAAAAGAUUUGGAGAGAUUCACAGCAGAAGGUUAAGAGAUGGCUGUCAAAGGUCUUGUCGAUGUGGUGCCGCGAAGCAUGCUUCCAUCGCAAGAAGGAGUCUGGCAACCUUGAGCGAGAGCUCGAGACUCUGCAGGCCUCGUUGGACGAGGAAGCGAUGCGAUCGAGCUUCUUGUCCGAGUCUGUCAAGCGACUGCAAGGCAAGGAGACGAGGCUCAUAACAAAGUUGGAUGCUCUCACGCGAGAAAGAGAUUCGCUCCUUGCCGCCGCUACCCGCGACAGACUUGGCAGCGAAGCAUUGGCUCAGGCUCGAACAUUGACUGAGCAGCUCCUUCAAGAGGUCGGGAGCAUCAGCCUAGAGCUUGACGAUGUCUCCCUCCAGCUAUCCAUCACAACGGAGGAGAUGGACAGCUGGACUUGUCAAAUUCAAAGUCGCAUGACGACUCAGCUUGAUCGUGAUUUUCUUGAGAAACGUUUGGAAGAUCUAGAGACAAGAAGACAUUCAGGUGACAACUCUAACGCCAGCAACUCGUUGAAAAUUGUUUCGCACAAGCUCGAAAGUGCCGAACAUGAAAACAUGAAUCUCAAGAGACAGUUGCUGAAAGCCAAUGCUCUCCUUUCAAGCAUGCAAAGACUUGUUGACUCCCUGGACUUGGCGAGCGAACGUCGUGAGAACUUUGAAAAGCUUUUGGACGAAAGCUUCAACAAUGUCAACCCGAUAGAAAAGUGCAUGUGGGUAGUUAAGUUCUUGCAGAACCAUAUGAAACAUCCUUGUUCCCAUCCUGACGUCAGCCAUGCGCGCGAGGAGAUUCAGCUGUGGAAAGACAAGGUUUCAAGCUUGCAACGACAGCAUGAAAGCGAAACUUUGACGAGAAUGGCAGCUCUCGAUUCCUUGACGUCUUCUCUGACAACCUUGAGAAGUGAGAAAGAUUUCCUGCAGAACCUAGUGGAUGGUGUCGACAUGCAAUCAUCACUUGAGAAGCUUCUCUUGUCUUUCGAGACUCACCUCACCUCUUUACUUUCCAAAUAUAGCAGAAAACAAUUCGAAUAUUCUAAGCUCGAGAGGCAUGUGGAUAGUUUGACAAACAUGCUGACAAGCCAAGUCUCCGAUGGUUUUGACCAGUCGUCAGGAAGCAAGGAAAAUUGUGCUAAGUUGGUUCAGGAGAGUUGUGAAUCACAUUCAGAUUUAAUGAGACUGACAGAAGUGAAUCAAUCUUUUGAUAUUCAACUGCGAAGUUGGAAGCACUUCGCUAAACACCUCGCAGGACAGAUGUUUUCUCUGAACGUGAUUGCUGAAUCCUCACAAACAGGAAAAGAUGCCCUGAAGGAAAAGAUCAAGGAAAAGGACGAUAAGAUUACAGGUCUCAACCUGCAAGUUCAGGAGUUGAUUUCGAAGCUUGCUACCUGUGACUCAGAGAAACUGCAGUUGCUCGAUCAGAUCUCCCAGAUGAGCACUAGCAAGGACUUGGAGCCGAAGGACGCUGAGGAGGACUUGAGCAACAAGCUACAAGUGUUGAACUUCGAGUUUUCAUUGGAACGCAGGAAGCUUGCUAGCAUGUAUGAAAAGAGCAGCCGGGAGUAUCAAAAUGUGAAGCUUCAAAAUGAUGCAUUGAAUGAGCUUGUUCACAAACUGAAAGAAGAGAAGGAAAGAAAUUCCAUUGAAUUUGAAAGAAAAGUAGAGGAACUCAAGAAAUUCAGAAUAUCAUCCGCACAAGCCCUGCAAGGCGUCAUCAAGGAAAUUGUCUUGUGUUUACAAGAUGUUGGGAACGCUGCAAAUGGUUUGAAAAAGCAGGAACACUUUGAAUUUGAGCAGCAGAAAUUGCUGCAAGCUUAUGCUGACACACUGGAUGGGCACAUCGGAAAAUCAUCGACAUAUUUGUCAAUGAUUCUGCCGGAUCUGCAAAGUUUGAAAGCUGAGAAUCUUCAAAUCAAAUCUGAAAAGGAGAUGAAAAUCAAUGACACCAAUCGUUGGAAUUUGCAAAUCAAAGAAUAUCUUGAGAAUUUUGAGUUGUUUGCGACCAAUGUUCAUGCAAAGAUUUCCGAUGCAAAGGAUUUAUACCUGAAGCAAUGUGCAAAAAAUUCGCAUUUUCUCAGCGUCAUCGAGAAACAAACACUUGAAAUCGAAAAGUUGUCAAGAGAGAAGGAGCAGGGCAAGAGCAUAAUCCUCAACCUUCAAGAAGAGCUGGAUGAAAGCAGACAAGGCUCAGAUUCCAUCUGCUCCAAACUCGAAACCGUCCAAGCUGAGCUCGAGAGUACGAAAGCCCAACUUGACAUGGAAGCAGCCAGGGUCAAAAAGUUGUUUGAAUCGUCUCAGAAAUCCGAAGAAGAGCUUCAGAAACAGACCGAGAAGAUGAAGGCUGAGAAGCAAGUGCUGGCAGAAGAAAUCGCGGGGUUGACUUCAAAGUUACAAUCCGCAAAUCAAGAGCUGGCGACCAAGAAGUCUCUUCUCCAGGAGUCGUCUGAAAACUUGUCCAGGAUGAAUGAGGAUUGUAAGGCUCUGCAAGAUGAUCUUGAUCUAUCAAGGCUGGAAAUCUCUCGUUUACAAUCAAGCGUCCGAGAAGAAAAAACUCAGAACAUGCAGCUGACUUCGCAGGUUGAGAAGCUCUUGAUUGAUGCAGCCAGAAAUGAUGAAGCGUUGAUGGAAGCGAAAGAAAAGCGAUCCAUGUUGGAGGAAGACUGCAAACAACUGAAGCAGCAGCUUGAUGCAAUGGCCAAGACAGUCACUGAAGCAAACGACACUCUGGGACAGAGACUGGAAUGUGCCGACGUUCGAAGUAAGAAGCUAGAAAAAGAAAAUCUGUACCUGAAAGAUCGAAUCAAGAACAUCAGAAAUGAAUUAGACAACAGUCAAAGUCAAAAGAGCAAGAUUCAAGCCGAUCUUGAGGCCUCUAGGAACCUCUUUUUUGAUGCCACGGUGCAACAGUGUCAUAUGUUGGAAGCGACUCGCCUUCGAGAUCACACUGUGCAAUUUCUGGAGCUGAGGGUGACGGAGGCUUCUUCUGCCAUGAGCCGAAUGAAAGACGAGUGGAACGCGAUGCAUCGCCUGCUCAAGGACAAGGAUGCCCUGGCGGAAGACUUGCACCGACUAGCCGAGGAGGAGCAUGAGGAGCUCUUGAGCUUGGAGGUCUCGUUGGAUGGAACCUUAGACUCCUUGGCUCUCUCCCUCGCCGCCUGCACUAGACAACAAGCUCAUCUCGCUUGGAACCGCUUGCGCGCUGGCGCUUUGGGGUGCUCAGCCUGGCAGGGAGUGUCAGAAAUCAAGGAGGAAGUCCAAGAGAUCUGCUCAGAGUACAGCCAUCUGGUGAACGAGAAGCUGCUGCUUGAAGUUGAGAGAAGCGAAACAACGCAGAAGCUGGCUGAGUUGAAGAGGGUGGUCACCAGUUUAGAGCAAGAGAAACAGAAAACAAGCGAGGCGCUUAACGCUUGUUUGAUGCAGGUGAUGGAAUGGAAGAAGGCUUACGACAUCUUGUACGCUGAGAAGGAGAGAAUAAAACUCUCAUGCAUGGAUAUCGAAUCGCAACUUCAAGAUGAGAAAGAGGAGAAGCUUGAAAGGCAAGAGAUGUGUUUGCAACUGGAGAAAGAGUGCAGGGCAUUGAGAGAAGAAGUUGAAUUCAACCAUGGCGAAUUGAUGCAGCUGAAAUCAGAGCUUGAAUCCAAGAAUUAUGAUCUGGAUCGAUGUGAACAGAACUUGAAAGAUUAUCAAAAAUCAUUGCAUGAGUCUGAAACGCAAAAUGAUCGACUCAGAAGUCUAGAGCUUGAGAUGUUGCAAACUGUAAAAGGUGCAAACCAACUCCUCAUCGAUGAAACUUCCAUCAUAAAUGAAAGCAAGAUUGCUGUUCAUACGUUAAAACAAGAGAUUUCAGAAUAUGAAAACUAUCAGGCAUUCGUUCUCAAAAAACUGGUGGAAGAAAAGAAAUCUCUUCAUGCCCAGCUGGUGCAGUCAGAGCUUGAUAUGAAAGAGAAGCGGUACAUCAUUCAAGAUCAGCUACAGAAGAUCCAAGGCUUGAAGUCUCGCAACUCAGAGUCAAAUGAGGAGCUUUCAAUCCUGUACAAGCGUGUCGAAGAUUACGACGCCUUGCUCUUGGCAAAGGGGAACGAACUGGCAAAGUUGCAUGGGAAGAUAGCAGAGGCGAAUGCUCUGUCAACGAAUGCGAGUGAACGGCUGCAGUCGAGUAAGAUGCUUGAGGAGAAGCUUCGCAGAGACAUGAAGGCGAAGGAGCUACAAGUGCAGGCCCUGCAGGACGAACUUGAUGCGCUCAAGACGAACUUGGGGAAUUCGACAGUGAAGUCCAACUCAGUCGAGGUCAAGGGAGCCUUCAACUCAAAGUUAGCUGAGGCUCUCGAAGAAAAUGCAACGCUGACAGAAACAGUGAACAUGCAACAACAAGUCAUUCGCGAAAUGCGAGAGAACAUCCAUUACAACAAACAGUUGCAAGAGAUCGAGAGAUCAGAAGGAAAUGGCGAGAAAACGUCAAGUCAUGUCAACUCAUUCGACCAAAAUCCCGAAUACACUGAAGUGGAGAUGUCUCAAGCGCCUCAGGCAGAUGGGAGGGGAAGGCAACAUCAAGUGGCGCUGCUGAGUCACCUGGUAGAGGAGAUCAAGUCGCUGGUGGGCGAAGCCGCAAGGAUUCGAGUGUCGGAGACAAGCCUGACCCGACUGUCGCUCAAGCCAACAUGCGAGGAGGAGAUCCUGGAGAGGCAGGCCUCGUGCGUCCGAUUCUUCGAGAAGAGGAUGAGAAGUGAGAGGUUACGAUUUGUCAUGUACAGCCUCUGCAGCCACCACAAAGACGCCAAGUCAAUGAAGGUUGGGGUUCAGAGAUUUCUCAUGAGGGUUCAGGCGAUGAAAAGCAUGCGGGAGAAGUUCGAGAGCGAGAUACGCCUGCGGGUUGGGGAAGUGGAAGAAGAGAGGGAAAGGAGUAAGAUCGAGCAGUUGGAAUUGCAGAAGCAGAUUGUGGAGAAGACCGACAUGCUGCUGACUGCAGAAAAGAAAUGUGCGCAGCUUAUAGCUUGGGUGAACAAGUACAAGCCGCUGAUCGAGACAAAGUGA